UAUCCUGUAGGACUUUACUUCGGUCCUGACGUCAUCUGAUGACGUGUUUGCAUUCGGACUGCCAACUUACUAGCUAGCUAGGGCUUAUGAAUUAAUUUAGUUUAUAUUUUAUUCUCAACAGUUUAUUGAAGUAUUUUCUGGAAAGCAGUUUGGUUGUUGAUGAUUUGAAGCUGCUGCCGGAAGACACACCAAUUAUCCCUAGCUCCGUGACUCUGUCCCAGCACCGUCAUGAAGCUGUACAGCCUUAGCGUCUUUCACAAAGGACCUACUAAAUCAAACCUGCUCAAAUCAGCAUACGACCUCUCCUCAUUCAGCUUCUUUCAGCGCUCUAGUGUCCAAGAGUUCAUGACUUUCACCAGCGCCUUGAUUGUGGAGCGUUCUACACAUGGCAGCCGAGCCUCAGUCAAAGAACAAGAGUACCUGUGCCAUGUAUAUGUACGGAAUGACAGUCUGAGUGCAGUGGUGAUAGCAGACAGCGAGUACCCCCAACGUGUCGCCUUUACACUACUAGACAAGGUGCUAGAGGAGUUUUCCAGGCAAGUUGAUAGUAUAGACUGGCCCUCUGGUAACCCAGACACUAUCAACUACAAAGCCCUGGACAUGCACCUAGCCAAGUACCAGAACCCCAGAGAAGCUGAUGCGAUGUCCAAAGUGCAGGCUGAGCUAGACGAGACAAAGAUUAUUCUGCAUAACACCAUGGAGUCUCUGUUGGAGAGAGGGGAGAAGCUGGAUGAUCUUGUGCAGAAGUCUGAACACCUGGGGAACCAGUCAAAAGCCUUCUAUAAGACUGCAAGGAAGCAGAACUCAUGCUGUGAGGUCAUGUGAUGAUGCUGGUUGGUCCUCUUAGGAUUUUCUUGGCCUUUCUGCUCAUCCUACAACUCCAAUCCCAACUCCCAACUCCAAUCCCCAGGACACAGAGUGGCCGCUCAGUCUCUGGGAGGGGGCAGAGGGAAAGGAAUGAGGAGAGGUCUAGUGUUGGGGGGGGGGGGGGGGUCUCUGGAUUGUGUCUAUAGUAUGUGCUGAUUGGGGGUACUGCAAGACUGGUUGGGGUUGGUCACAAAAUAUUUGCUUCAUUGUAACUUUUCAAACGGUGUUUUGAUGCUGGUUCAUAGCCAGCCAGGACAUUGUCAAUUAUCAGUAAUGUGUUUUAUUUUUGAUGGUUUGUUGUUCUAAAUGUCUUAAACAUUUUCCUGAAUUCUGACUGUAUCAAGGUGUUAAUCUGAGUUUUAUCUCAGCUUUAUGAAAGUUUAGAAAGAGGAGAGGACAUUCUCUUGCUUGGCUUUAAAGCCAGCCGUGCCCACUCCGUGUUCUAUCUAGUUACUCACAGCUGAGGUUUAAGAAAGACUUCUGGAAACCACAAUCUACUGGUGAUCUCCAUACGGUCUUGUGAUACAUUUGAUCGUAGUGUGUUCAGGCAUGUUCAGUUAUGUCUGAAUGAUGUCUCUGUGGCCCAGUGUAGUUCCAUUCUGUGUAAGCACCAUCAGAUGAGCAGGAUUUGCCUAUGCAACUUUGCUUGAGAAUACAGAACUUACAUGUCAAAUCCUAUGAAACUGUUUAUAAAGCACAUUUCCAUCUGAAAAAUGUGUCUCAAGUUGGUAUUAGGUUGGGGGCAGCACGUAGCUUAGUGGUUAUAGCAUCUGAUCAGUGACUAAAAUGUUGCACGAUUGAGUCCUGAAUCUAUCGUUCUGUCCCGGAGCAAAGCUCUUAACCCUCAUUCUUCCCCAGGACGUUGCUGUUGGUGUGAAUGUGCUCACAGGCAACAGACAUGGUAAAAUAAGGGUACAAAUGUAUAAUAAUAUAGCAUCGAAACAUUCCUAGGUAUUUUUCAUGCACAAGUUUGUUGUUGGCGUUGUAGCUUGAGGUUGAGCUUAUGCUGAAACGGGCUAACCUGUACUGAGUGCAUUCUGUUCUGAUGACUUGGUAUACAUUGCCUUAUUGAGGUGUGGGUUAUGUCAAAGUCAAACAUUAUGAGUAUGUAUUAGGAAAUGGUCUUUUUGCGCUGUAGUCUAAUUCUAUUAAAACAUUUAGAUUUUUCUUCUGCCAAGUAGCCUAAACAAAACCAAUCUUUUUAGUGUGGACCUGUGUGGUUCCUAACAGUCCACCAGUUGGUUCUGAUAAAUGUGUACAAGUUAUUUAGUUCUCCAUUCGCUUUCCAACUGUAGUCUCAUGUCUGCAACUAUGCCAUCUGUUGGCCGUAGAAAUGUACUACACCAGGACUGGUGUUCAACUCAGUUUUAAAGUCAUGUGACAAUGGCAAAUGUUACGUACUGAACAAGUGGUAAAAUUUAGCCACCCAAAUGUUUUUUAUAAGGAAAGCAAUAAUUCUAACAUUGCAGACUAAAAUGUAAUAGACCAUACAAUGCCACCCCCCCCCCCCCCCACACACACCCACAAGAUCUGAUCCAGACCAACAAUUGAUGAGUUCUAUGUGCAUCUUUACACUGUCAUAUAUAAACGGUAAUAGGUAAACAUAGAAGUCACCAUAGACCCAGCAUUUUACUUCGCUGUAUGCAUAUUUCACACUUUUCAGUGUAACCAUCUAUACGGCAGGUUGUUAGGUGUUUUUUACAUGUUGAUCUGCCGUAGUGCCUUUGACCUCUGAACCCACCAUGACUCCAACCUUCCAAUGGGAUUAUGAUGGUCUUGAUUUCAGAAUCAAAACAUCCUAAUGGUUACCCAUUUAGAAUUCUGACAAAUGCUAAAACAAACGUUCAACCAGACUUAAAGGUGAGAUCGGAUUAGUAAAUUAUCUUCCUGACCUACAGGAUCAAAAUCCCAUUUCUCAACCCUGAGUUGAUCAAGGUGAGAUGAAGAGAAGCCUUUGCCAUUUUAGAUCUAGUAUAUCUUGCUGCUGAAUUUUUGUCUAUGACCUGGUUGUGUGUGUAUGUGUGUGCUUGUGUGCCUGUGUGUUUGUACUUGUGUGCAAAGGCAUAAUUAGCCUAGUGUCAGUGACCUGAACUGCUCUUGUUGCUUUAUGGCAUAACUUCUGUGUAAUAGUAGGCAGACUAUAUAUUCACUCUGGCAGCAACAAUGAAUAUUUUAAACAUCAGCAUGUGUCUCCAUAUGAUGUUGGAUCUUGAGGGUAAAUUUGUCAGUGAUCUUGUCAGUGGAGCACACUUUGAGUCUUGUAAAUGCAUUCGACCAACUAAUCCAAAAGGACGCCAAGCCCCCCCCCCCCCCCCCCCCCCCCCAAUUGGAACUCUGAGGAAUUUGCUUCAGUAAAUGUUUUCAGUGUUGUGAAGACGUAAAUACUACAACAAAUGCUGUUCAGAAUGUGGAUCUAUAGCUUUUUAGUCAAUCAUUCCUCAAGUUUAAAUAUUGUGUGUGUUAACUGAGAGAAAGCGUGUCCUACUGAAAAUUGUCAAAGUAACGCAUCUCUUGGAAUUGGAAGUAAACAUUAAAAAUGUUGUAUUAACAUCUCUUUUUGAAAUAUAUUUUGCUAAAACACUAACUGUUUUACAGGACUUGUAAUCUUGCUGAGAUCAAAUACAAAAUACCUUCAA